GUUUUCCAAGCAACUCCCGUUCGCGACUUCUGAGCCUUUGUUUGGCCUCAAGCGUUCGGUGUUCGUUGACUUUGCAUCCUCCGACAUGGCAUUUCAGCUCCCCGCUCUCCCCUGGGCCAAGAACGGCCUCGCCCCGCACAUCAGGUGAAGUGACGCAUGCGCCACUCACACGGGCACACACAUGCAUGCACCAGCAGCCGCGGGCAGACAGCAUCUCGUCGGCCAGAUCUGCCGACGCAUCCACCACCUCCCUCACACACGCAUGUGUCUGUGUCCGUUGUCUGUCUCUUCGUCUUGUCUUUGUGUGUGUCGUGAUCAGUGAGGAGACGAUCAACUACCACUACGGCAAGCACCACGCCACGUACGUCACCAAGCUCAACGGCCUGGUGGAGGGCACGGAGAACGCCAAGAAGGACCUGGCGGACCUCGUCAAGACCACCGACGGCGGGCUCUUCAACAACGCCGCGCAGCACUGGAACCAUUCAUUCUACUGGAACAGCCUCUCGCCCAGUGGCGGCGGCGAGCCCAAGGGAGCCAUCAAGGCGGCCAUCGAGCAGGACUUCGGAUCUUUCCAGAAGUAUGUAACACACACGCGCACACACUCAGAGAGAGGACACCCACUUCUGUCUGUAUGCGUGUGGUGUGGUGUUUAGGUUCAAGGAUGAUUUCUCUGCCAACGCUGCGGGUCACUUCGGCAGCGGGUGGGUGUGGCUGGUCAAGGGCACCGACGGCAAGCUCAAGAUCCACCAGACUCACGACGCCGGCAACCCGCUCCGCGACGGCGCUGGCGUGCCCCUGCUCACAUGCGACGUCUGGGAGGUCAGCCAACCACACCACACCCACACCCACACACGCGCCAUUCCCUUGUGUGUGAUGUGUGCAGCAUGCCUAUUACGUUGACUACCGCAACGACCGUCCGUCGUACGUCAAGGCGUGGUGGAACCUCGUCAACUGGGACUUCGCCAACAACAACCUCGCUAAGGCCUGAGUGAAUGAAUUAUCACUCACACCGACCGACACCCACACCCACACCUGCACACAUCCCGAGAGCUGAGAUGCAUUCACACGUGUGACGUGUGGGGCCGGGCUGCAUGUGGCUGGCUGAUGGGCUGAUUGGGGGGACGGGUGGCUGGGGGGCGGGCGGUUUUCCCUUUAUCCGUGCCGGUUGUUGACGGAGGCGACACACACGUGGCGCACACAUGAGUAGCGGGUAGCUAGCUGGUGCCAAGAGUAGGUAGAAAGCAGUGUGUGUGACGGACUUUCUGUUAUCCCAUCUAAGUACUCUCGCUGUCUGUCGCCCGGAGGGACACCAAGUGACCACUUGCAGCCGCCUGCACCAACAGGACGGUACCGGUGAUGACCACCGGUGUUGUCCGGUUGGACAGUCGUUGGCGAGUGGUCACUUGAGGGAUGCCCAUUCAGGUGGAAGCGGCAAGCGAUGAGUGUUCUUUCCCGUGCGUGGUGGAGUGAGAUUAGCGACUCCCAAGACAUCAUGUGUGCGGUGGGUGGGGGGAUAUGUGUAUGUGUGUGUGUGCCCGUUUGCGUUGUGUGCGAGGAAAUGGGCGCCAAGCGUCCUCUCCUCUCCUCCCCUCUCUCUCCUUCGCCUUCGUGUGGGGUGAGGUGGGAUGGGAUUGGACGCAUCGCAUGUGUGUGUGUGUGGUGGUGGACAGACAGACAGAUGGACUGACACUAACAGCUCGGCUCGGCUCUCGCAGUGAGUGACAUGGGACUAAUCAACCAACCGACCUCAUUUUGUGUACGCCCCGGUGGUGCGCUGUUGCAAUGAGUCAGUCAAUCACUCCAUGAGUCGUCAUGCCAUCGAUCCACCAUGCAUAUGCAUGGCAACAGCAUGCCAUGCAGUGUCCCCUCCCCACGUGGUAUGUCUAUCGAUGGGUCGAUGGAUGGAGAAAAAAGGCGUGCUUCCUUUCUCGCCCGUCCGCCCGCCCAGAACACCCCCAGGAAGCCAGCCAACACUCUCGCGGUCAUUCGGGUAGAGAGAUACAGACAGACGGGCAAUGCACAGCAUAGAGGCUUCAUUCAGACCUUAAGGACCAACAGCCUAUCUCCCACUCUCACACAGGACACCACACCACACCACACCACACAACUCAACAGAACAUAACCCACCCCAUACGCCCUCUCUGCGCAUGUGUGUGUGUGUGUGUGUGUGUGUGGCCGCUCAACCGCACGGGUCAUCUGUCGGCAGCUGACCUGCCCCAACCGAAACAAGACAGGACCAAUGGUGAUAGGUGCUGUCAUGUUCACGCUGGCUCAGGUCAGUGACCAACACACCACGCCUGGGAAAGAGACGACGAACACCCCCCCACACACACGUGCUCUCUGUUCUCGUCUCGUCCACCCCACCCGCCCUCUCGUCAUCACACACGAAGGGAAACCGAAAUGGAUGGAUGGAUGGAUGAAUGGAACGAACAAACCACACACACACACACACAGACUCGUCCUUCGUGUCUGUCUGUCUGUCUGUUCUGUCUAUCCGUUGUGUCUUGCUUGAUUCAAUUAUGGCGCACGCACAACGAUAUGGCACAGCCAGGAAUGAAUGAAUGAAUGAACACAAAUGAAUGCAUUCAGGGUAUUAAUAUCGAUAGCUAACAGGGAGGAUGGAUCACGACCCGAAUGAAAUGCGAUGCUGGUGUCAUGUGUGUCAUGUGGGGUGGGGUGGGCUGCACUCGCUGCUCAUUGGGCACGCAGGCAGCCGUGCCGGCCGUGGUUGGUUCGUCUGCCCGCCUGUCUGUCCGUCACCCAAAUGCGGUGCAAUGGAUGCAUGGAUGGGGGAAAAGAUGGGUGGCUCACUCUCUCACUCAGUCGACCAGGGCAGGGCAGGGCUAGGCAACACACACGCACCCAGAUCCACACGCAAGCCCACACAGUGUCCAGAAACAAAAGGGGGCCGGCCGUGGCCGUGUGUGGUGUGGUAUGGUCUGUGUCGUAUCAACAGAACAAAAUACAAAUGGGGGUGGGGUGGGGUGGCUGGGGGGAUGGAUGAAUGAAUGGCGUCCGUCCGUCGGGGAAAACCAAACCAAACAUGAGGCAUUUUCGGUCGUGGCUACACGCAUCAGCAUCAUGCAGGCAGGCAGGCAGGCAGGCAGGCAAGCAGAAAGCCGGGCAGGCAACACAGCUCUCAUCCUGUCUAUCUAUCUGUCCCUCCUAGCGACCCCUCUCUGUCUGCUGCGGAUCCGUCAAAAAAUGCGGCUUCUCCUCUCGCCCUCUCCACUCUCCCCGUCUCUCUCUCACUCGUGUUUCUGACUUCCUCUCUCUCUCUCUCUCUCUCUGAGCGAGCGUGUCUGUCUG